UGUACUGAGCUAACAGUUCUUCCUUCGAGAUUUAGAGAACUUUGGGUUUAGGGGCCAUGAGAGAUUUUGCUUCAAAGUAAACACCGUCACAAGUUUUUAUCGGCAAAAGUCCAUGUUUGCUCCAUAUACGGGGUAAACACUUUCCUACUUCAGAGGCUUUAUACACUCACAACAUGGACAAAUCUGUAUUAAUUCAAAAACAGAUAAAAGACAACGCUGAAGAUUUGCAUAGCUAUGUCAGAGACUUAAAACUUUGGGAAGAAGAAAUGAAGAGGAAAGACAGACAGCUUUCAAAUCAACCCACAGAUGAGGCACUACCACCUGUACGCCGAGCUAAACUCACUAAAAGUUCCUCUGAAAAAAAAGAGGACAAGAAAGAAGUUGUCAAGAAGAAGUUGAAGUCCUAUGAUUACAGUUCAUGGGAGAAGUUUGAUGUAGACAAAGCCUGUGAAGAAAUAGAUGAUGAGGACAAAAUAAUUAAAGAGGAUUCUUGUCAAGAGACAGCGGAACAGCAAGAAAAGUACUUGAAAGAAAAAGCGUUAUAUGAAAAAGAGUUGGGGAAUAAACAUGUCAAAAACAGCAAGUGGGAUGAUGCCAUCGGUUGCUACACAAGAGCCAUUGAAGCUUACUCUAAAGAUCCAGUCUUUUUCGCCAACCGAGCUCUGUGCUACUUGAAAAAGAAAAAAUUCGAGAUGGUUGAAUCUGACUGCACAGCCUCGCUGAGGCUGGAUCCGACCUACGUGAAGGCGAUGCUGCGACGUGCUGCUGCAAGAGAAGCUCUCGGCCGAAUAGAGGAUGCGUGUUACGACCUGCGUAAUGCGCUCAAGCUAGAACCUAACAACACCCAAGCACUACGGGACUUAGAGAGAGUAAAGAAUUUGAGUAACAAAUCAAAACAGCCCAUCAAUAGGCUAACCCUGAGUGAAGUAGAGUCCAUCCCAGAAAAUUCUGCAGCUACUGAAGGGAAACCGAAAAACAUUUCAUCACUAGUUAUAGACAAUGAAAAAGCUAAAGAAGUUAGUACUGAAGGGAAUGAUGAGUUCGAGUGGCCUUCUUGUAGCACUACUAUUGAACCGAUUGUGAAACCACCUCAUCUACGAUCCAAGAAAUGUCUGAAGCGUAUUGAGAUAUACGACGUUGGGCCGAACACUCCUGAGCAUAUUUGUGCUGCCAAACUCCGAAAGUCUAACAAUCUUCCGACAAUAAGUCCUUCACCAACUCAUCCUCCGGCAUCGAGCAGACUAUCCGAGCCAGGUUUUAUGUCUGCAGCUACUGUCAAGCCUAGGAGUAUCCUAACUAUUACUACCCCAGUGGACGUUCCUCCUCCCCCCACCACUUCAGUACAGUUCAACACCGCGUGGAACAGUGUCAAGGGGAACCCACAACUACGCUAUAGGUAUCUCAAGCAAAUACCUGGCGAAAGUCUAUCGGACAUAUUCAAGGAUGCUUUAGAAAGUGGAAUGUUCUCAUCUAUCCUAGACACAUUGUCGUCAGAGUUCAUAUCAAAGGAAGAUGUUGUACUGAGUUACCUUAAAGGCCUUACAAGGGUUAGACGAUUUUCUACGCUGACACUCUUUAUGAGUACAAGUGAUAAGUCAAAUUUAGUUAAACUCUUUGACCAUUGCCUUAGAAAAACAGAAUGUUCGUCAGAAGACAUUAAUGAACUUCGGAAACUUUAUGAGAUGAGUUAGGUUGUUACUUAUUAUUUAAUAAAUAUUUUCCUCAGUU